AUGGCGGACGGCCACCACUUUAACAACAUCUCCCUCGGCGGCCGUGGCGGCGGCAACCCUGGGCAGUUCAAACUUUACACAGGAGGCUUGGCGUGGAAGAAGCAAGGAGGAGGAAAGAUCAUUGAUGUUGAUAAAGGUGAUAUCACUUCUGUGGCUUGGAUGAGGAUUCCUAAAUCUUAUCAGCUUAGUGUUGGGACGAAGGAGGGCCUCUGUUACAGAUUUUUUGGCUUUCGUGAACAGGAUGUUAGUAACCUAACUAAUUUCAUAGAGAAGAGCACUGGAAUCACACCAGAAGAGAAGCAGCUUUCUGUUACUGGGCAUAAUUGGGGCGGAAUAGAAAUAAAUGGGAAUAUGCUUUGCUUUAAUGUUGGUUCAAAGGAAGCGUUUGAAGUCUCUCUAGCAGAUGUGGCACAGACUCAGAUGCAAGGGAAAACAGAUGUUGUCCUAGAGUUCCAUGUAGAUGAUACUACUGGGGCUAAUGAGAAAGAUUCAUUGAUGGAUUUAAGUUUUCAUGUUCCGACUUCGAAUACUCAAUUCAUUGGAGAUGAGCAUCGUACCUCAGCUCAGAUGCUAUGGCAGGCUAUCUCGGUUGAUAUUGAUGGUGGUGGCUCCUCAGAGAUGGCUGUUGUUACAUUUGAUGGAAUUGCAAUUCUUACACCAAGGGGCCGAUACAGUGUUGAGCUUCAUCAGUCAUUCUUGCGACUCCAAGGACAAGCUAAUGAUUUCAAAAUCCAAUAUAGUAGUAUUCUUCGCCUAUUUGUUUUACCAAAGUCACACAAUCCACAUACCUUUGUGGUUAUCACACUUGAUCCACCAAUUCGCAAAGGACAAACUUUAUAUCCUCACAUUGUUAUUCAGUUUGAGACAGAGGCAGUGGUUGAAAGGGAACUGGCAUUAAGUGGUGAGGUUUUGGCCGAGAAGUACAAGGAUAGGCUUGAGAGCUCUUACAGGGGUCUAAUACAUGAGGUAUUCUCCAAGCUCCUUCGUGGCUUAUCUGGUGCUAAAGUGACAAGGCCAAGUACAUUCCGCAGUUGCCAAGAUGGAUAUGCAGUCAAAUCAUCACUUAAAGCUGAAGAUGGUUUGCUUUAUCCACUCGAAAAGGGCUUCUUCUUUCUGCCAAAGCCCCCAACACUAAUUCCUCAUGAUGAGAUCGAGUAUGUUGAGUUUGAGCGUCAUGGUGCUGGAGGUGCAAGUAUAUCAUCUCAUUACUUUGACCUUUUGGUCAAGCUCACAAAUGAUCAAGAACAUCUCUUCAGAAACAUCCAAAGGAAUGAAUACCAUAACCUCUUCAACUUCAUCAGUGGCAAGCAUUUGAAAAUUCUGAAUCUUGGAGAUGGCCAAGGUAGAACUAGUGGUGUUACUGCUGUUCUUCAGAGCACCGAUGAUGAUUCUGUUGAUCCACAUCUGGAGCGGAUAAAAAAUCAGGCUAGUAAUGAGGAAAGUGAUGAAGAGGAUGAAGAUUUUGUGGCAGACAAGGACGAUAGUGGAUCUCCAACGGAUGAUUCCGAUGCGGAUGGCUCUGAUGCUAGCAUGAGUGGAGGAGAAAAGGAGAAACCUUCCAAGAAGGAAGCUACUAGCUCAAAGGAAGCUAGUAGCUCAAAGCCACCUGUGAAGAAGAAGCAGAUGAAGAGUGGGCCUGAUGAAGGUUCUCAAAAAAAGAGGCCAAAGAAGAAGAAAGAUCCCAAUGCCCCUAAGAGAGCUAUAGCCCCAUUCAUGUACUUCUCAAAGGCUGAGCGAGCUAAUAUCAAGAGCAGCAAUCCUGAACUGGCUACCACAGAGAUUGCAAAGAAGCUUGGAGAAAGGUGGCAAAAGAUGACAGCUGAGGAAAGGCAGCCAUAUGUGGAGCAGUCCCAGGUUGACAAGCAACGCUACGUAGAAGAGUCUGCAGCCUACCGUGGUUCAGCCGCUCAGCAGGGCUCUGGUGCUGGAUCAGAAUGA